AUGCCGCCGAUAACCGCGGCCCAAAAAUCAGCACAAUCGCCGCAGCCGCAGUCACAUUCGAAAUCCAAUCAGGUAUCGUAUGUAUUUUUUUUUAUAUUAUGAGAUUUUAUUUUUAUAAUUGUUCCCGGUGAACGUUUUCCGCGAUCACGGAUUACUCUCGUUUAUCCGAAGCCAAAGCGCUUCGCACGUUGUGUUCUCUGCCUAUGUGUUAGCUAAUUAAUUGUCAAUUAUUAUUGCAGAAGGUUUUAUUGUCAAUGGAAUUAUUGUCAUUUUUGUUUGUCUCGGUGGAGAAGAUAGGAAACUAACGUGCCUGUGAUCUCGGAUUUGAUUCGUUAAUAUUGUCCAGAUAUCGUCAAAUUUUCAAAAUGUUAAAUACAGACUGUUCGUGUAGCUAAAUCCAUAGAUUAAAAUUCGAGUAGAAACUUGAGGCAUCUUAAUCACGAGAAUCUACGUUCGCCACGUUUUAUAACCUCGACAACGAAGAACCGCGUUGCGAGCCUAAACCAUCAGGAGUUGCAGGUGGGCAGCGUAUCCCUGUACGGAAUUCACAUCGUGUCUUUGGUGAUCGAGGGUCAAGAGAGGCUGUGUCUAGCUCAGAUCAGCAACACGUUGCUGAAACAGUACAGCUACAACGAGAUCCACAAUCGCAGGGUAGCGUUGGGCAUCACCUGCGUGCAGUGCACCCCCGUCCAGCUGGAAAUCCUCCGUCGAGCCGGCGCGAUGCCCGUUUCCUCCAGAAGAUGCGGCAUGAUUACGCGAAGGGAAGCCGAGCGUCUCUGCAAAUCGUUCCUCGGCGACAACGCGCCGCCCAGGCUACCGGAAGACUUCGCGUUCUCGGUGCAUCACGAAUGCGCCUGGGGUUGUCGCGGCGCCUUCCUGCCCGCUCGUUACAACAGCUCUCGCGCAAAGUGCAUCAAAUGCGCCUACUGCGGCCUCUUCUUCUCGCCCAACAAGUUCAUCUUCCACUCUCAUCGAAUCAGCCCGUCGGACAAGUACGUGCAACCGGACGCCGCCAACUUCAACUCUUGGCGUCGUCACAUGAAACUGUCCGGGAAUCCACCGGACGAGGUGGUGCACGCGUGGGAGGACGUGAAGGCCAUGUUCAACGGCGGCACCAGGAAACGAUUGCUCAACAACAAUCCGGCGUCCAGAGAGUCGCCGAAUCCGGCGAAACAGCCGAGAUCGUCGCCGACGACGCAGAUACCGAGCCUCGUCCCGUCGCCGACGCAUCCGCGAGUCCCGCCGUUCCCGGAACUGCCCCUGCCGUUGUCCAGAAGCUUGGUCAUGGACUACGUGUGGCAUCAGCAUCAACAGGCCGCCGCUGUCGCAGCCGCUAAAACCCCCGGCUUCCCCUUCUCGCCGUACGCUCUUCCCUGGCUGGCCAAGAGAGGACCCGUGCUCUUCCCCGAACCGCUUAUACCAACGGUGAAUCCAUCGCUACAUCAGUCUGCCUUUCGUCCUGUCAUUCGUGGACCACCGAUAGUGGAGCCGGUGACCCAAGAACAACCGUCAGACACCUCGGUGUCACACAAGGAGGAUAACUCUGACGACGAGGUGGACAUCGAGACGACAGAGGACGAUCCAGUCACACCGUUGAACAUCACCGCACAGAAUCUCCGUUCGGUUACAAAUUCAGCCACCAGUAGUCACAGUGGUCGUAAUUCGCCUCAGUGUUGGAGCCCUCCGCGAGAAACGGUGAGCAAUCAUUUGCAACGAAAAGAAAAAAGAAAAAAAAAACGCAUUCGCGAGCUGAGAAUAGGAAAAACUCACGGUUGCAACGCGAACACGAGGGGUUAG